AUGAUAAAGGUUUAAUUGGAUUAAGCUGGAAUGAAAGGCUUGUAAAAUAUUGAAAAACCAUUUUUACAAAAUUAUUUUAGUAAAUUACAAGAAUCUAAAAAGUAGCCCUCCAAGGAAAAUACUUGGAAGGCGAAAAAAUAGUGUGGCAGAGAGGUUUUUUCUGCCUGCUGA